UCUUGACCUACUUCCCUCCAGCACCGCAUAUAUCCCGCAGACAUGGCCAACGCUCCGACCAAGAAGAUGUCCUAUGUGCGACUGGGUAACUAGGGGUUGAAGGUGUCUAAGAUCAUCCUCGGCUGCAUGUCCUAUGGCACGCCCGAGUGGCAACAGUGGGUCCUGCCCGAGGCAGAGUCGAUCGCGCACAUCAAGCUCGCAUACGAGGCCGGGAUCAACUCCUUUGACACAGCGAACGCGUACUCGAACGGCGCGUCCGAGGUCGUGCUCGGGAAAGCCAUAAAGGAGCUGAAGCUGCCGCGGGAUGAGAUCGUGGUGAUGACCAAAGUCUUCUUCGCUGUCGGGCGCGAGCCGGCCGUGCGCGCCUUUGGGCUACCCAGCGCGGAGGUCGACAAGAUUGGAUACGUGAACCAGCACGGGCUGUCGCGCAAGCACAUCUUCGACUCGGUCAAGGCGUCGCUCGCUCGCCUGCAGCUGGACUACGUCGACGUGCUCCAAUGCCACCGUUUCGACCCAGAAACGCCCGUAGCGGAGACGAUGCAAGCGCUGCACGACGUCGUCAAGGCCGGCUACGCGCGCUAUAUCGGCAUGUCCUCCUGCUGGGCAUGGCAGUUCCACGUCAUGCAGAACUACGCGAUCAGUCACAACUUGACGCCCUUUAUCUCGAUGCAAAAUCACCACUCGCUCGUGUACCGCGAAGAGGAACGUGAGAUGUUCCCCACUCUCAAGCACUUCGGCGUUGGCGUCAUUCCCUGGUCCCCCCUCGCGCGCGGCAUCCUCACGCGCCCGCUGAGCGUGCAGACGACCCGCACGCAGGUCGACGCGCUCAUCGGCGCGUACGCGGGAGGCGGCACGGACGCGAUCGUCACCCGGGUGGAGGAGAUUGCGAAGAAGCGCGGGCUGAGCAUGGCGCAGGUCGCGCUCGCGUGGAGCUUGCGAAAGCCGGGCGUCACCGCACCCAUCGUCGGCAGCACGAGCGUGAAGAAUCUCGAGGAACUCAUUGCGGCGGUCGACGUGGAGCUGGCGGAGGAUGAGGUUGCGUACCUCGAGGGGCCGUAUCAGCCGAGGGCCGUCAUCGGCCACGCGUAAGACCGCGAGCGUCGCGUUGUCGUCUGAAGGCGAUGGUCCCAAAGAGUCGAUCCGCCUGGUCGGAAGGGAAGACUGUGCGCCAUGUCUGUUUUACGCCACGCUGGACGAAUGAUAGGGUGUAUGGGAUCCGUCGUUUGAUACGCUCUGUGCAUACCGCAGAAUGGGAAAUGCGGACAAUGCCAGCACCAAAUAGCUUUAGGCAAUGUCACAGCUUUGCACAUUUCCGUCCUUUGGGAGGAAUGCGCCGUCCAGGCGGGACCACGUGCGGUGCCGGGUUUUCGCGUCGCACGUUGCGUUCAACGUUGUGGACGACGACAACGAAGGCACAUUCUCGAAUGCAAAUUUCUCUUCCUCCUCGAAGCUCCUAUGUAACCCAGCGCUCAUUACUGGCUCGUUGCUUUCGUUACACCACCUGACAACAUACCACAUCGACUCGAAAUCGUCCAAUUAUAUCCACGUCCUCACCAUCCGAAACGACAAUUUUGGGAAUCCCUGGCUCAGAGCAGACCCAUAUAUCGCGCGCAGCGGCAUGAACGUUGGACGAGUACGCAACCGCUCGGCCGCUGACUGACAUGCGACCCGUUUGAUCCACUUUCCCGCCUUCGAUUGUAUCCACGGAUGGGUUGGGGUGCUUUAAGAAAUCCGUUGCCUUCAAUGGCGCCUGCAAGAUUCAUCUGAUCAGGACCCGUAUCACGCUCAGCGUCAUAUUCGAAAUAUGUCUGCCGUCGUCAACAAGGAGAUGCCAUACGUGCGCCUCGGAAACUCUGGUUUGAAGGUGUCAAAGCUCAUUCUCGGAUGCAUGUCGUAUGGUACGCCCAUGUGGGAAGGCUGGGUCCUUGAGGAGGAGGAGGCGAUCAAGCAUAUCAGGGCUGCAUACGAUGCCGGGAUCAACACCUUUGACACCGCAAACGUUUACUCCUAUGGCCGGUCUGAGGAAAUCCUCGGGCGCGCGAUCAAGCAACUUGAUCUGCCCCGUGGCGAGAUCGUGGUGAUGACCAAGGUCUUCUUCGUCGUCGGAAGGGCUUACGGCGAGGACACCGUGUUCGGCAACCUCGACCAGAAAGGCUACGUGAACCAGCAUGGGCUGAGCCGUAAGCAUAUUUUUGACUCUGUCAAAGCGUCGUUGAAGAGGCUGCAACUGGACUACAUCGACGUACUCCAGUGUCACCGCUUUGAUUCCCAGACGCCGAUCGAAGAGACUAUGCAAGCUCUUCACGAUGUCGUCCAAGCAGGCUACGUACGUUACAUUGGCAUGAGCUCCUGCUGGGCGUGGCAGUUCAGCGUCAUGCAGAGUACACUACGCGAUCACAACCUCACUCCCUUCAUCUCGAUGCAGAAUCACCAUUCGGUCAUCUACCGCGAAGAGGAGAGAGAGAUGUUCCCGACGUUGAAGCAUUUUGGCGUCGGCAUUAUUCCUUGGUCCCCGCUUGCGCGCGGAGUCGUGUGUCGUCCGCUGUACGCAUCCACGAAGCGCAAGGAGACAGACCCAUGGCAAGGCGAAUAUCUUGGAUACGGGGCCGAAGAGAUCAUCGCUAGGAUCGAGGAGAUCGCGACCAAGCGCGGGAUCACAAUGGCUCAAGUAGCCAUCGCGUGGAGCUUGAGCAAGGAGGGCAUCACGGCUCCCAUCGUCGGCACGACAAGCCUCAAGAACCUAGAGGAUCUCAUUGCUGCAACGAAGAUUCAGCUUACUGACGAGGAAGUGAAGCAUCUCGAGGCACCAUACCAACCCCGAGCAGUUUCAGGACAUGCCUGAAUGACGGCAGGGUGUAUCCACGCUGUCUGAGGUGCUUCGAGUAAGGUGCUGAUGAGAACUUAGUCUGAAAGGGGCCCGCGGCGCGCGGUCCCCCACUGGUCGAUCGAGUGAAAUCAACUAGGUAGACUAGUGACCGUAAUCAGGAACUGUGAUCGCCCAGUUGCAGUGUUUAGGC